UCUUCCGACAAAGGGAAAAAAAGCAAAAGGUGGCGGUAUUGCCGGAGCAGCAGCCACAACCACCACCACCACUGUAAAAUUCAACCAUUUCUGCUCCCUCCACGCCGGCCACUGCUGCUCACUCAUCCACAGAUAUGGCUUCUCAAGUUCGUAGAAUCAAGCUCGGUUCCCAAGGCCUGGAAGUUUCUGCGCAAGGCCUCGGUUGUAUGGGCAUGUCCGCCUUCUAUGGCCCCCCCAAGCCCGACGCCGACAUGAUCGCUCUCAUCCACCACGCCGUCGCCAGCGGCGUCACUCUCCUCGACACCUCCGACGUCUACGGCCCUUUCACCAACGAGAUCCUCAUCGGGAAGGCACUCAAGGGCGGCGUCAGAGAUAAGGUCCAAUUGGCCACCAAAUUCGCAAUUAAUCUCGCCGACGGCAAGAGGGAGGUCCGCGGAGACCCGGCCUAUGUAAGAUCAGCUUGUGAAGCCAGCUUGAAGCGCCUUGAGAUCGAUUGCAUCGAUCUCUAUUACCAGCACCGGGUUGACAUCAGGGUUCCAAUUGAAGUCACGAUUGGAGAACUUAAGAAGUUAGUCGAAGAAGGUAAAGUGAAGUACAUAGGUCUGUCUGAGGCUUCAGCUUCCACCAUCAGAAGAGCACAUGCUGUUCAUCCAAUAACAGCUGUGCAGAUUGAGUGGUCCUUGUGGUCAAGAGAUGUGGAGGAAGAGAUAAUUCCUACUUGCAGGGAACUUGGCAUUGGAAUUGUGGCAUACAGUCCUCUUGGACGAGGCUUCUUCUCAUCUGGGCCUAACAUUGUUGAAGGUCUAAAAAAUGAUGACUUCCGAAAGACUUUGCCACGGUUCCAAGCCGAAAAUCUGGAGCACAAUAAAACCGUGUUUGAGAAGGUUAGUGCAAUGGCAGAAAGAAAGGGAUGCACCCCAUCGCAGUUGGCUCUGGCUUGGGUUCACCACCAAGGGGAUGAUGUGUGUCCCAUUCCCGGAACGACUAAAACUGAAAAUUUCAACCAGAAUAUUGGAGCUUUGUCUAUAAAACUUACUCCUGAAGAAAUGGCUGAGCUUGAAGGCCUUGCUUCAGAUGAUAAUGUCAAGGGCGAUCGGUAUCCAAGCAGCAUGGCGACAUGGAAGCACUCUGAGACACCACCCCCCUCUUCAUGGAAAGCCUAAGGUCAUACCUCUAUCUAAAGUUGCUUUGCAUGCUUAUGGAUUUUGUCACGUGUUUCUAGAGUCUGCUGUGUGUGAUAAUUUUUUAGUGAAAUGAGCGUGGCAUCUUUUAUGUAGCUGAAAAGUUGUGAAAGUGUUAUGAUUUAUCGUCUGGUUGUUGGGAUGAUGUCUUGUGUUGGAUUGGUAAAAAGCCAACAUCUUGUAUGCUCUGUACUUGAAUAUGAGAAUGUUGUUUAUGAUAAUGGAGUUAUAGCUUUGGAUUAAUGGAAA